AUGACGGCGCUGCCCUCUUCUACUUCCGCCGGAAGGACGCUGGAGUGGUCCGGCCGCUGCGAGUUGUGCGAGGCGGCGGCGCGGCUGCGCUGUUCCCGCUGCCGCCUCACGUAUUACUGCGAUGUAGAUCAUCAGAAAGCCGACUGGGUUAGUAUCCAUGAGAAAAUAUGCCAACUGCUGAUUCCAGUCCGCACAUCCCUCCCUUCUCUCACUUCUGAAGAAGAAAGAAAAUACAGAGUGGAACAGCUGGUGAAGAGGCAGAAAUACAUCAUUGAUCUUACAUCCAGCACAGCCCAGAAGUUUAUUUUCGAUGGAAAGCAUAAAAAAGCAUUACCUGCAGCUCUGCAUGCAUUGCGUUUCAGCACCAAAGUAUAUGGUUCAAGUUCUGUGCAACUGCUACCUGCCUAUCUCCUCUUGGCUGAGGCCUGCAUUGGUGUUGGCAACCUUCAGCAGGCAUCUAACUAUCUCUCCCAAGCUCAAUGGAUUGUCCUCAGAACUCCAGAUUGCAGUGGUGCCUUUCAGCAUAGAUUGCAUCGCAGUUUGGGGCUUCUCUAUGUCGCUGAUGGAAACUUCAAUCAGGCUUUAUAUCACCUGGCCAAUGAUAUUUACCUUGCUAGUUCUACAUUUGGACUAAAAUCUGUUGAGGCCUCUGGAGGGUAUUUCCACAUGGCUAAUGUUUUUUUUCACCAGAACAAAAUGGACAUAGCGAACUCAUUGUAUGCUGAGGUCACUGACAUCUGGCACACCUUUCUUGUGAAGUCAGUCCAAACACAGGAGCAAAUUCACAAGUUGAGAGCAGAAAAGUCUCCGUUCACUGAGGACAAGGAAGUGGAAGUCAGUGAAGACACCAUGACUGAAGCCCAGCAAGCAGAAGCAAUUCAGGUCCUGAAUGCAAUACUAGAUAUCAGAGAAAAGGAACCAAAGCAACAACCUGGGGAAACUGCCAGAGUCUUGCAUGCUCUUGCAAUGCUUUAUUACCUAAUCAUGGAUUUAUCAAAGGCUUGUGAAAUAGGGAUGAAAGCUUUUGACCUGCUGAAACAAUUACCCCAGCAAGAGCCUCUAGAAGCCAUCGGCUAUUUGUUAAAGCUGAUUGACUCCCAGGCUUCCUGCACAAAAUAAGGAGCUCUUUCUACCAGAGCCAGGUGCUUGGCUAGGUUAUUUAACUAGGUGGCUGGAAACGUUAAAAAUGCAUUGCAAGCUGCAAGUACUUUUUGCUGUUGUCACUUCUCUAGAAGUGUCCCUUUCCAUUUGGAAGUGUUUGAAAGGUAAGCUUGUGGUAUUUUGUUACAUGCUUGUCAACCUCUGCAGACUGCUACGGAGUAACAACAUGAGAAUGGGAAACAAAAGCACUACCAGUGCAUAAAUUGUUGCCUACUUGCUACUGUAAUGAGGGUAACAGCCUCUUAUCUCCUCACAUUGUCUGACAAGAAGUUAAGACCAGCUGAAAUGUGUUUGUUACUGUUUUCCUCAAUUUUCUUUUCGCUUUGAUGAGUAAGAUGGGGUGGAAGGCUAUGGGAGAGGCCUGGGGAAUGUGUCCACUACAUUCCUAACUCGGAUGGUUGACACCUGCUCCCCAGAACCUGGUUGGGCUUGUUCAGGUGCUGCACCAUUCUGUAGUGCCCCUCCAUUUUCAAAUCCACGCUCUCACUGUUUGCAAACCUCCAUCAAGCUGACUGCCAAUCUGCAGCCCUCACAGGCUUCAAAUGCCCCUGGGAGCAGAGAAGGAAGAAAGGCAGGGUACAGGGUACGCAUGGCCCUGGGAGUGAAGGCUGAGGAGCACUAGAGAAGGGCUAGAGGAGUCCCUGAGAACAAGUUGGGUGCAGGGCUGGAGGCAGCUGUGCAGUGAACUUGGUUCAGACACUGGAGCAUGUGACAGACUUGCACCGCUGGGAAAGAGGUUAAGGGAAACUUGCCCUGCUGCUAAGGUCUGGAUUCAGCUGAGCUUUAAGCCUACGAUUAAGUCUCAUUUACUUCAGGAGGAUUUAUGAAUGCAUUUAAUUGCCUUGCUGAAUUGGGUUGGAGUCAAGUACGCUUUUAAAUGCUUUGUCGAGCUGGGACCUGAGCAAUUAGAAGGGAUUGAUGCUGCUGCUAAAGGGAAAGUUGCUCACUCCAAUCCAACUGAUUUUUAAUUGCACAGGGUGGAAUAGCUGUGAUUGGUGCACACAAGGGCCCCACGGCAGACCAGGGCAGCUCCCUGAGACUGUAGGAACACUUGUGGGAACAGGGGAUGCUGGGAUGGUCAGCGCCUGCUGGCACAGUGCCUCAGGACGUGGAGGAUUUGGGUCACUGUGGCUGAGGAUUUGGAACUGUGGCAGUAAUCCCCCAAGACAUGCCAUGGCCAGGCUGGCUCUAUGUGACACAUCAGGGCCAGCGUCCCUUCCACAGUGCUGCCACUUGGCACAGCAUCACUAUUGGCUGCUUAAAGCGGUAUGGAAAUUAAUUUUUUACAGGUCUGCAGGCUGGGCAUCUCUGGUAGCAGGGCCUGCACAGCAAUGAGAAGGGAAUGGAAGCACCAGUAAAGGUGAUCAGAGCAACCCAACGUCCCACCACACAGAAUAUUUUAGGGAAAAUUGGAAGAUUUUUACAGGAGCUUUUCUCUAUGACCCUUUGGAACAGCCAUCUCCCUGUAUACACUUCAGGGCAAAGAGCUAUUCUGACAAAUAGCAGAAAACCGAAGCGAACAAGCUCAGCACUUCUUUGCCCAGCAGUGUUCAGACUUGCAGCCCUUGGCACUGGGUUAGGUAAAGGAGAAAUUCCCCCAGGAAGCAGCCAGGAGAUGGCAACAACACAGCCAAGAGCACAGUGUGGGCAUUUCGUAACAAGGAGCCUUGCAUCCCUGUGAGGAAAAGCUUUGGCAAGGAGCAGCACACACUGGGGAGCCCACUGCUACUCCCAGAACAGGGAUAGGACACAAACACCCCAUGACCAGCACCUGAGCUGCACGCAGGGAUGGCCUCACUGAAGCUCUGACCCGCUGCACUCCAUCCACCAGCACUCCUCCCAGAAAUAAAGGCACACAGCACAGCAGGUUGGGUCGCUGCAUACAUUCCUGUUUAUUGUUAGCACACCACACGCCUUUCUCCAUUCUCUUGGCACUUAUGUUUAUGCACAGUAGGAAAAAAAAAAAA